CCAUUACCAGGGCUAAAUGAGGCAUAGAGCUUCCAAAAGUCACACCGUCGUCCCGGAGAUGGAGCGUGUGUUGCUGUGGACUUGGCAGGCAGGAGAUCUUAAAGAUGGUCUCCACCUAACACACUGGAGGUUCUGAAGAUGCGAGGAGCUGCUUGGCGAUUGAAUUGCAAUGGAUAAGACACCUGAGCAGACGCAAGCUCUAGGGCUGCUAUCCUGUGACUUAACCUGCUCCAGGCACGCUCACCGAAUCCUGAGUGUGCAGCAUUCAGAAGAGCAAGCGUUCGUUGGAGGCUCUCCGGCCUAGUCAAUUUCAUCCACAUCCAUUGUGAAGUUUGCAUCUUGUAAUCCCCUUGCGAACCAAAGGAACGAUGACUUUAUAUCGCUUCUGUUUCCUCCUCUUUGCAUUCACUUGGAAUACCUCUGCCUAUGGACCCAAUCAAAGGGCACAGAAGAAGGGAGACAUUAUUCUUGGAGGACUGUUCCCCAUUCAUUUUGGAGUGGCAGCGAAACACCAGGACCUGAAAUCUCGGCCGGAAUCUGUCGAGUGCAUAAGAUAUAAUUUCCGUGGUUUCCGCUGGCUGCAGGCGAUGAUCUUUGCUAUUGAGGAGAUCAACAACAGCCCAACGCUUCUUCCCAACAUGACCCUUGGAUACAGCAUAUUUGACACAUGCAACACCGUCUCCAAAGCCCUGGAAGCCACGCUCAGUUUUGUAGCCCAGAAUAAGAUUGAUUCCUUGAAUCUGGAUGAGUUCUGCAAUUGUUCGGAGCACAUUCCCUCUACAAUCGCAGUGGUGGGAGCAACCGGCUCUGGGAUCUCUACUGCCGUGGCCAAUCUUUUGGGUCUUUUUUACAUACCUCAGGUUAGCUAUGCUUCCUCCAGCCGGCUCCUGAGCAACCGGAACGAGUACAAAUCUUUCUUGCGCACGAUCCCGAAUGAUGAGCACCAAGCCACCGCCAUGGCAGACAUUGUGGAGUAUUUCCGUUGGAACUGGGUGGGCACCAUCGCAGCGGACGACAAUUACGGCCGUCCAGGGAUCGAGAAAUUCCGGGAAGAGACAGAGGAAAGGAACAUCUGCAUUGACUUCAGUGAACUCAUUGCCCAGUAUCUGCCAGACGAUCAGCUUCAACAGGUGGUGAAGGUUAUCCAGAAUUCCACGGCCAAGGUGAUCGUGGUCUUCUCGAGCGCUCCGGAUCUGGAGCCCCUCAUCAAAGAGAUUGUCACGCGGAACAUCACGGGCCGGAUUUGGCUAGCCAGCGAGGCAUGGGCCAGCUCCUCGCUGAUAGCCAUGCCAGAAUUCUUCCACGUCAUGGGGGGCACCAUUGGGUUUGCGCUGAAGGCGGGGCAGAUCCCCGGCUUCCGUGAGUUUCUGCAGAAGGUGCAUCCUAAGAAAUCAGCUAACAAUGGAUUUAUCAAAGAGUUUUGGGAAGAGACUUUUAACUGCUACCUGCCGGAGGGCAAUAAGAACUACCCUGGGGCCGCUGCUUUCCACAAGGGCCGCGAAGAAGGCGCUGUAUCUGGAAACAGCACGGCAGCCUUCCGCCCCCCAUGCACCGGGGAAGAAAACAUCACCAGUGUGGAGACUCCGUAUAUGGAUUAUACUCACCUGCGGAUAUCUUACAAUGUGUACCUGGCCGUCUAUUCCAUUGCUCAUGCUUUGCAGGAUAUAUACACAUGCACCCCCGGGAAAGGUCUGUUCGCCAAUGGGUCGUGUGCGGAUAUCAAGAAAGUAGAGGCCUGGCAGGUACUGAAGCAUUUGCGGCACCUGAACUUCACAAAUAAUAUGGGGGAGCAGGUGGAUUUUGACGAGUCCGGGGGCCUGAUAGGGAAUUACUCCAUUAUCAAUUGGCACCUGUCCCCAGAAGAUGGCUCCAUUGUCUUUGAGGAGGUCGGACACUACAAUGUUUAUGCCAAGAAGGGAGAGAGGCUCUUCAUCAGUGAAAACAAGAUUCUAUGGAGUGGAUUCUCCAAGGAGGUGCCUUUCUCUAACUGCAGCAGAGACUGCCAGCCAGGAACGAGGAAAGGAAUCAUCGAAGGAGAGCCAACGUGUUGCUUUGAAUGCGUAGAAUGUACGGAUGGGGAGAUCAGUGAUGAGACAGACGCCAGCGCUUGCGAGAAGUGUCCUGAAAAUUUCUGGUCCAAUGAAAACCACACGUUUUGCACGCCCAAGCAAAUUGAGUUUUUGUCUUGGACGGAACCGUUUGGGAUCGCCCUCACCCUGUUUGCGGUGCUUGGCAUCUUCCUCACCUCCUUCGUCCUGGGCGUCUUCACCAGAUUCCGCAACACCCCCAUUGUCAAGGCCACAAACCGCGAACUGUCUUACCUCCUCCUCUUCUCCUUGUUAUGCUGCUUCUCCAGUUCCCUAUUUUUCAUUGGCGAGCCCCAGGACUGGAAUUGCCGUUUGCGGCAGCCCGCCUUUGGUAUCAGCUUUGUCCUCUGCAUCUCCUGCAUCUUGGUGAAGACUAACCGUGUCCUCCUGGUCUUUGAGGCUAAGAUCCCCACCGGCCUCCAUCGGAAGUGGUGGGGCCUCAAUCUCCAGUUCCUCCUGGUCUUCUUGUGCACCUUUGUCCAGAUUGUCAUCUGCGUCAUUUGGCUCUACACGGCUCCCCCGUCCAGCUUCCGGAACCAUGAGCUGGAGGACGAGAUCAUCUUUAUCACCUGCAACGAAGGUUCGCUGAUGGCGCUGGGCUUCCUGAUUGGCUACACUUGCCUCCUGGCGGCCAUCUGCUUUUUCUUUGCUUUCAAAUCCCGCAAACUGCCCGAGAACUUCAAUGAGGCCAAAUUCAUCACCUUCAGCAUGCUGAUCUUCUUCAUCGUCUGGAUCUCUUUCAUCCCGGCCUAUGCCAGCACUUACGGCAAGUUUGUCUCCGCCGUGGAGGUGAUAGCCAUCCUAGCCGCCAGCUUCGGGCUGCUGGCUUGCAUCUUCUUCAACAAGGUCUACAUCAUCCUCUUCAAGCCCUCUCGUAACACCAUUGAAGAGGUGCGCUGCAGUACAGCUGCCCACGCUUUCAAGGUGGCAGCCAGGGCCACCCUGAGACGCAGCAAUGUGUCGCGCAAGAGGUCCAACAGUCUCGGCGGCUCCACGGGUUCCACUCCGUCCUCGUCCAUCAGCAGCAAGAGCAACCACGACGAACCCUUCACCCUAGCCGCUCCCAUAGAGCAGCAACAGCAACAUGGGUGCAAGCAAAAAGUGAGUUUUGGAGGUGGGACUGUCACCUUGUCGCUGAGUUUUGAGGAGCACCAGAGGAACGCGGUGGCCAGCCGAAAUGCGAAACACCGGAACUCCUUGGAAGCCCAGAACAGCGACGACAGCCUUAUGCGGCAUAAGGCUCUGCUUCCUCUGUGGUCCAGCGACCCACUCGUCAUCGAGUCCAACGCCCAGACCCCCUCCAAUCCAGAAGCCAACACACAGGAGACCACUGGGGGAGAAACCCAGCAAGAAGCCCAGGGCUCAGAAGAAGAGCCUCCUCCACUGUCAGCGACGUAUUUGCGGGAUUUUGUAGGCACUGACUCCAUCAUAGAGAACGCCGUCCAUUCAUAAUCCGAGGAAGGGGGGAUCUGUUCCUCCUGCUUUUCUCCUGAGCGGGGGAAGGAACUGGAGAAAUCUGUGACAGAACCUACCGCUUCUUAAGAGUCAGCAUAGUCACCUCCCAAGAAAUGCUGGGGAGGAAAGUUUUCCAAGAAGCAUCUGUCUAGCGAUCCUUCCAGUGAAACUCUGUGGUGGUCACUGAAAAAUGGAAGGAGAAGAAAAUCUUUGGGACUUUUCCAGCUGAACUUUUACAGAAAUGUGCUAUUGCUAUCCUAUGACCGGGAUCCAGAUCUCCAGCUUCCUGGCGAACGGACAUACCUGGGUGGUUCCCAUAAACGUGCUCUGCUCUUACAUUGAUGUAUAGCGCCCCUUGUCUUUGCGAUGUAUAAUAGUUUCCCUUGAAAUGUAAAACUGCUUAUCUACGUUACAACAAGAGAGAGAGAGAAAACCUUUGCUGCUUUGCUGCAGAAAACAGGACGCAUGGUUUGACUUAUGGGAGGCCGAUCCUCCAGUUCCCAUGGAAAUGUCCACAAUAAAAAGCACCUGUACAGUUAA